AUGCCUUCGCCGGGAUAUAACUUUCUAUGGGGAGUAUGCGCUCUUAUGCUGGUAAUAGCUAUCAUCUUGGCAUUCAAAAAAGGGAAAAAAGCCAAUAGACACACAGUAGAAGCAGAUAACACUACACCUGAAGUAGUUGUCAUAUCAUAUAAUGAACAGCGUCCUCGUAUACACUAUCCUAAUAGUAAUAACGAUCCUCAAUUGCAGCCUCCACCACCUUCAUACCAAGAAUACCAAAAAGAUGUUAGAAUUACGUAA